AUGGCGAGCGCCCUGCCCCUAGAUUACCUCGUGUGGGAUUUGUUUUGCUUGAAUAGACAUUUGAGGUCAUUAGUACGAAAGAUCCUUUACGAAGAAAUACCUCCGAUUGACGAAUCUAAGCCUUUAGCUGAUCAACCGCCACAGAAAACCGCAUUUGACCUUUAUAAGUCUUACAGUCUUCCGAAAGAAGAAAUUUGGCAAAAGCGUCGAGAGGAAAAGAUGAACAGGAAGGUAGUCUUUAAUUUAAUAAAAGAAUCAACGCAUCAAUAUUCAUCAAUAUUCAGUUGCUAUGAGGAACAAGCAAGAAUAAGUCGCGCGAGACGUUUGUCCGAGAUGCAACGUUUGGCUCGUCAAGCAAAAGAGGAUGCUAUACAGAAUAAAAGAGCAGAGAAGGAGAAAAGGAAACUUGAAUUGCUUAAAGCUGGUAAGCUAUCCGAUGACGAAAUAGUAGAAAGUAGCGAAGAAGAGGAUGAGAACGAGUAUUUUCCACCUCCAGGCCUCCUAAUACCAGGAUUUUACGCUCCACCGAAUGACGUUGCUAAAGUAAAUGGCUUGGCUAUAUUAUUUCCAAAGAUUGUCUUAGAGUACGUAACGCCUGAACCAGAGUUCCUUCCACCACAUGUGCUCGUGUUACUGGACAUGACGAAGAGAUAUAACGCUAUAGAGACGCUAGCCAAGUACAAGAACGCCGUGAUACACAUGGGUAUAUUCAAAGCGACUUCUCCGUACAGUGCCGUCCAUGUUGCAUACGGCGUGAAACAUUUUGAUUCAAUGAAAUUAUCCAUAAACUUAGAUGACUUGAAACUAGCGUUCAUGUUAUCUAUAAAAGUGGAUGUGCCGUUACUGGAACUGAUGGAUUUGAACCCAUACCACGUUAGUCGCGACUCAGAAGCGGGCGAAGACGAGUGCGCUGCUAUGUUUCCUGUAAAUUAUGGCGAUGAGUACGCAGAGUUUGAAGAUUUCGAUUGA